AUGCACGUUGCCGACCGCGCGCUUGUUGCGUUGUGUGCGGACCUCCGUGCCUGUGGUGCGGCAAUGCCAGCUGCCGUGUCCGUUGUAGCCACAUGGGCUGCCGAGCACUGUCUGAGUAUCAGCGCGGACAGGAGCGGUGCCGCUCUGUUCUGCAUCGCCUCACACCGACAGUCUGACGAGGACACGGCCGACCAUCGUCUGGGCGGUGGGAAGCCACGCGUCAAUCCCACCCUGUGCGUCUGCUCGGCAAUGCGAUUGAUCGACACCUCAAUUUUGUUUUGCACGUCACCGCCGCUGCAGGGCAGACCGUGCCACGCCGCCGUCAGCUGCGGCUGGGCGCAGGAGCUGGUGCGUCCCAGCACACCAUGCGAUCCUUUCUGGUUGGGUGCGUCCACAGUGCGUUGCACCACGGCAGUGAGGCAGUCGCACCGUGUCCGACCCCACUCGCCUCCACAGCCUGGAAGUGCGGCACGGCGACAGCUGCACGGCAUCGCUCGUCCCACGCGCAUCAACGAAGGAUACCUCUGUCCACCUGGCCGCCAGUCCAGCACCGCUGCGGAGGAUCGUUGGGUUCCGCGCACCCACACGGCACAAACGCCUCACACGUCUCCGUUAUAUUGA